AUGCCUAAAUUAGAAGAUGUCUCAACUAGCAAAAACACUUCAAAAGACAAAACCAUCCAAAUUGUACUAGUUGAUCAAGACAUACAAAAUAGUUCAGAUAAUCAAAAUGUACAAGGCACACAAAAGCAUUCAGAUAAUCAAGAUGAUGAUAUUAUAAUAUCUGAAUUGCAAGAAAUGUAUAAAAA